ACUAGUAGUGAACCUGUAAAAAGUGCAACACAAAGUGGAAACUAUGAUCCUCCACCUUCAAGUACAAGUUGUGUCUGUGUGCGUGUGUGACAAUGAUAAAACCUUUCUACAGCUGUUGUGACCUAAGUGCUACUUCAUAUACAGUGAUCCACCUUAUGAUGAUGACUGUAUGUGUCUCCUGUUUUUUAUUCACUCUCUACAGCUAAGCAUUUUGAGAAACCACAUGAAUAGAAGCAACAGUAUAGGAAAGGGGCAACUUUUUCUUUAUAUGCAUAAGUUCUGCAUAUGCACAUGCUACAUACUUGAUAAAGGUUAUGACAAAUUAGAGUUUCAGGAAAAUAAAAAAAAUUAGAGAUAGCUUUUAAUGUGUAGUGUUGAGUGUUUACACUACACACUACAUAAGGGACUUUAGAGUGAGCUCCAUACUGGUGGCUCUGUCCUUUGUUUCUGAGCUGGUUACAGAAGGUGUGUGCUUUUUAUUGAGGUUGUGACUGUGCCGUACUAGACAAUUAAAAUAUUAAAUGUGAGGGGAAAAAAAUCAUACAUGUUAAAAACAAACAUUAUGCUGAUGUGAUUAUUCAGAAAGGAAACUGCACAAUAUAUUUACAUACAACACAAAAGAACUGUAAAAAUGACGCAAUCACAACAGGUCAAGAAAAAUUUACAAUAGCUUUGUCCCAGUGGUAUUACUAUGAAUUGCUGUAUUUUUGUAAGAUAAAAAGCAGAGAAGCAAAAAACAAUUGUUGUUUAUACACUGUGUGGUUAGUGUUAUGUAGUAUGUUUAGUUGAAGUGGUUCAACAAGUCUUGCAUAAUCAUUCUCCUCUCCUUUUGAUUUUACUUUCAUAUGCCAUUCCUUUUCUCGGCAUCAUAGUUUAAAAAUGAGGAAGGUGUUAUUUAACACAGACAGCUACAUACAAUACAGAUCUAUCUUCAGUUCUACCUCGCAAGAACAAGAAAUCCACAAUAGUACGCGCAAAUAAAUACACAUGAGAAUAUGUUACUGAAAAUUAUGCUUUUUUUCUCAGGAACAUUUUGCCUCUGUGCACAAAGGAGUAUUAAGCUUUGUUACACUUUUGGAUGCUUUAAGUCCAGUGAUACGCAAGUCUGCGUGACAAUGGAUGGUGACGAAGUCUUCUAUGCAGACUUUAAAAACGGGUCUCUGAUUUGGGACAGCAAAAUACCUACAGCCAUCCAUGCUUCAUGCCCUUACAGCCAAGCACUAUAUUCCCAACAUCAGUGCAGAUAUUUUGUUCAUGAUGACUGGAAACAACACGAGACAAUUAUGAACACUAAAGCACCACCAGAAAUCAUCAUCUACCCCAGAGAUGAAAUUAUGAAAGAAGAAGACAAUUCCCUCAUCUGCUUAAUCAAAAAGUUCUUUCCCCCUUCUAUCAAAAUAAAGUGGACCAAAAAUGAUAUAGAAGUUAAAGUGGAAGAUCCUUUCAUCAAAUGUUUACCCAAUCCAGAUGGGACAUUUUAUGUUUUCUCCCACCUGGACUUUGUGCCAGAAGACGGUGACAUCUACAGCUGCAGUGUGGAGCAUGAAGCCUUGACGGAGCCUCUGACAAAGCUUUGGGAGGUUCAAACAGAUGAGCCUAGUAAUGGUCCAGAUGUCUUCUGUGGACUUGGCCUGAGUCUUGGAGUUAUUGGAGUUGUUGCAGGAGCAUUCCUGUAUGUAAAAGGGAGGCAGUAUCAGAGUACCCAGAACCCUGCUGGUUAAACCAUUUAUCAUACUUUACAAAGCAUUCUGAUUAUAGUUUAUUUGUAGCAGGCGGUUUCAUGUGACUCCCCUUUCUUUUGUCUCCUGACAAAUCCCAACAGUCCACUACAGAGUAAGCUAAAAUUCUCAAUAAUCAUAAAAUAAAAUAUGCAUACUAUAAUAAUUUAAAUGAUUUAAAUGUGAUUAUAUGUGUUGGUACUUUAUUUAAUUUAU